AUGUUUGUUUACAUACAUUUCAUCAUCGACUAUCAUGUUGUCACAAUACACUGCUCCUCGGGUGGCCAUCAAUACACUGCUCCUCGGGUGGCCAUCAAUACACUGCUCCUCGGGGUGGCCAUCAAUACACUGCUCCUCGGGUGGCAUCAAUACACUGCUCCUCGGGCCAUCAAUACACUGCUCCUCGGGUGGCCAUCAAUACACUGCUCCUCGGGUGGCCAUCAAUACACUGCUCCUCGGGUGGCCAUCAAUACACUGCUCCUCGGGUGGCCAUCAAUACACUGCUCCUCGGUGGCCAUCAAUACACUGCUCCUGGGUGGCCAUCAAUACCUGCUCCCUGGUGGCCAUCAAUACACUGCUCCUCGGGUGGCCAUCUACACUGCUCCUCGGGUGCCAUCCAUCACACUGCUCCUCGGUGGCCAUCAAUACACUGCUCCUCGGUGGCCAUCAAUACACUGCUCCUCGGUGGCCAUCAAUACACUGCUCCUCGGUGGCCAUCAAUACACUGCUCCUCCGGUAGCCAUCAAUACACUGCUCCUCGGUGGCCAUCAAUACACUGCUCCUCGGUGGCCAUCAAUACCACUGCUCCUCGGGUGGCCAUCAAUACACCCUGCUCCUCGGGCCAUCAAUACACUGCUGCUCCUCGGGUGGCCAUCAAUACACUGCCUCUCCUCGGUGGCCAUCAGCCCCAUACACUGCUCCUCGGUGGCCAUCAAUACACUGCUCCUCGGUGGCCAUCAAUACACUGCUCCUCGGGUAGCCAUCAAUACACUGCCUCUCGGUGGCCAUCAAUACACUGCUCCUCGGGUGGCCAUCAAUACACUGCUCCUCGGGUGGCCAUCAAUACCUGCUCCUCGGGUGGCCAUCAAUACACUGCUCCUCGGGUGGCCAUCAAUACACUGCUCCUCGGGUCACUUCUUGUACCUGGGUUUGCGAAAGAGUUCGACCAACACCAACAACACCCGUCAGAUCAAGUCUCCGUGGUUGGAGGAGAGCAGCGACACCUGUAAGCUGGAAGCUGACUACAACGUGUGGAAGAAACAUGACGUGACCAACGUUAUCAAAGUCCUUAUUGAGAAUGGCAACUUUACCAGCAUCACAACCAUCGUCGAUACUGUCAAGCUUAACAAAACCAGCCCAGAAUGGGCGUGUGGACACCACAACCCCGGCCCGUUGGAGGUGUGUCAAGGCAUACGGUGUGGCACGGGCGAGUGUGUGAGGCGUAAUAACAUUUGUGACAUAACCAAGAACUGUCCGGGAGGCGAGGACGAGUCCACAUGUGCCCUGGAACCUGAAGGGUCUAGGUGUGACUUCGAGAGCGACUGGUGCGGCUGGAAGAACGCCGGUGACGAUCAUAUGGACUUCCACAGGCAUCACGGCAACACUCAGAAGGAACGUACGGGCCCCUCCAACGACCAUACCUAUAAGAAUGACUCUGGCUACUACCUCCUGAGUGAGCUUCCCCAGACGGGCAAGAUGGGGGACCUCGGUGUCUUAGAGUCCCCUUACUUUGACCCUCCCCCCUGUUACCAUGGCAACAAGGACUCCCCCUUCUUCGAGAGCUGCAAAAUCCGGCUGUACUACCACAAGCUGGGACGUAACCAAGGCUCCAUGAUCAUCAAGGCGAGGGAAGAGAACCCUAAGGUGAACGGCGGCCGAGUCUACCAGAUCGACCAGAUCACCGGCGACCAGGGCGACAAGUGGCAGCGUCUCGACCAUGUCUUACCUCACGAGAUACGCUACAGGUACCAGAUCAUCGUGGCUAACGUUAGAGGCUCCAGGUUCCGCGGCGACUUGGGUUUCGAUGACUUCACGCUGUCCCCGGAGUGUUUUGGCCGAGGUGUACCGCCAGAUGAGGUGAAGAAAUGCCCUCCCGCCAGCUUCCCGACUACACCUGGUCCUAUCGGUUCCAGCCAUCCCCCGACUCCUGACGAGCCCCCUGAAGGUGUU